GGCUUUUAGGACCCGCCUCCGAAGGCCGGUUGGCCAAACCCUGGGAAAUCGAAGCGCUGGUUGGUUGCCGCGCAUGCUCGUCAGCAUAGUCGGGCCUGGUGCGGCCUGUGAGCGGCUGAAGGAGGCCAUUGCAGCUGGAGCGUCUCCGGCUGAGCUCGAUAAGGAGUCGGAGCCGCAGAGUCACUCGCCUGAGGGCCCGGGGAAAGAUCUUGAAAAGUGUGCCAACUCUUUGGAGGCAACCUACAUGACACUACAUCAUGAGCGAGAGUAAAUGUGAUAGUCAAUUUUACAGCGUUCAGGUUGCAGACUCCACAUUCACUGUACUUAAACGAUACCAGCAAUUGAAGCCGAUUGGCUCUGGGGCUCAAGGCAUUGUAUGUGCUGCAUUUGACACAGUCCUUGGAAUCAAUGUUGCUGUAAAGAAGUUGAGUCGUCCCUUUCAGAACCAAACACAUGCAAAACGAGCUUAUAGGGAACUUGUGCUUCUAAAGUGUGUCAAUCACAAAAAUAUAAUUAGUUUGUUAAAUGUAUUCACACCACAGAAGUCGCUAGAAGAAUUUCAAGAUGUGUAUUUGGUUAUGGAACUGAUGGAUGCUAACUUGUGCCAAGUUAUUCAUAUGGAGCUGGAUCAUGAACGAAUGUCCUACCUUCUGUACCAGAUGUUAUGUGGAAUCAAGCAUCUUCAUUCGGCUGGUAUCAUCCACAGAGAUUUAAAACCCAGCAAUAUAGUCGUAAAAUCAGAUUGUACUCUCAAAAUCCUUGACUUUGGACUUGCAAGGACAGCAUGUACUAAUUUCAUGAUGACCCCAUAUGUAGUAACACGGUAUUACAGAGCACCAGAGGUUAUUCUUGGCAUGGGAUACAAAGAGAAUGUUGAUAUCUGGUCAGUUGGUUGCAUCAUGGGAGAAUUGGUGAAAGGUUGUGUGAUAUUCCAAGGCACUGAUCACAUUGACCAGUGGAAUAAAGUUAUUGAACAAUUAGGUACACCUUCAGCAGACUUUAUGAAAAAACUACAGCCUACUGUACGCAACUAUGUAGAAAACAGGCCAAAAUAUCCAGGUAUCAAAUUUGAAGAGCUCUUCCCAGACUGGAUAUUUCCUUCAGAAUCUGACCGUGACAAACUAAAAACAAGUCACGCUAGAGAUUUGCUAUCAAAAAUGCUAGUGGUAGAUCCAGACAAACGAAUAUCAGUAGAUGAAGCUCUGCGACAUCCAUAUAUCACAGUUUGGUAUGAUCCUGCUGACGAAGCACCACCGCCUCAGAUCUAUGAUGCACAGUUGGAAGAAAGAGAACAUGCCAUUGAAGAAUGGAAAGAAUUAAUAUAUAAAGAAGUAAUGGAUUGGGAAGAAAGAAAUAAGAAUGGUUUGGUAAAAGAACAACCUUCAGAUGCAGCAGUGAAUAGCAACACCAGCCCUUCCCAAUCAUCAUCUAUCAACGACAUUUCAUCCAUGUCAACAGAACAAACUUUGGCUUCAGAUACAGACAGCAGUCUUGACGCCCUGACAGGAACACUUGAAGGAUGCCGGUGAUCAGUUUUGCAGAUACAACAUUGGCAAAGAAACUUUUGCUUCUGUUGGUCCUGAGUUGCUUGUAAGUGUACGGAACCAAGUAGAAAAACUCCAUGUUCUGCAUGUUCCUUUAAAGUAAUGCCUGUGAUUUUACUCAGUUGCAAUAAGACUGUCUGCUUAAUAUUAUAAAAUGAAAGCAACUUUGUAUUUCAGAGGCAACACAAUAUGCAUAUUACUGUAACCGAUUUCUGUUAUGACCUAUAUCAGGUGAGCAGUUAAAUAACUCAUGAACAGAUGAGUUCAUGGAUCCUUUGUCAGACUUCUGAAAUAUACACAUAACUAGUACAGAUUCACAAAAAAGAAAGCCAUUGUAGAUGUUGUUGAAUGUAUAUCCUCUUUCUGAAAUGUGUGGUAACAGACAUUUGCCAUAUUGGUGUAUCUUACUGGAAUUCUCAGUACUGUAAAAUGUAGAAGCAAUUGUUUUUAUGCAUAGCACUCUUUUCUUGAGGCCUUUUGCUCUUCAUCUCUCACUAAUUUUGUAUGCUUUCCCAUAGAAGAAGCAGGCUUGUGAAUUCUUGCCUCAGCUUUACACCUGAAUGUGACUCUUUCUCUGAAUGUGCAUUUUAAUGCUUUUAUUUGGGGGAGGGGGUAGGUGGAGUAAGCAAAAGUAUGUUAUGGAGGAAUUUUUCUGAACUCAUGCAUGCAUCUAUGCAGUCAGUGUAUUUUUUUUGUUAAGAUUGUUUGCCUUUUUAUAAGCAAUUCAUUCUCGUGUGUAGAAAUCCUUGCCAUUUGUUUGUUUUAUGAUGUACUGGGAUGGCCCCUCUUUUUCCUACUGUGAUGUUGCAGUGCAAAAACUGGUCAUUUAUGAAUGUCAUGAAGAGGUUUUGGAGUUUGCCUGUCCCCUAGAGUAAACAUGCAAGUACUUGCUUCUGUUGUGUGUUAAAGGGACCAUUACACAGUAUAUAAAUACUCUUAAACAGACAUCCAGAAUAAAUUGAAGGGCUGCAUUAUUAUUGCAAAAAGUGAGAAACACUAUUUUAAGUACUGCACCACAUGAAAACCAACGUAUGUUUUUAAGGAAAAUUGUUAAAACAUAAUUGUAUGUUGUGUCCCCCUCCCCAGCAGUUCCAGAUUUUAAGGGAAAACAUUCAACUCUUUAGCCAGUUUAUUGGGGAAGUUUGGUGGGGGGAGAUUUCCUUCUACUCAGAAAAUGAUAAUCAGUUACAUCUCGAUCAUGAACAAAACCCAUCCAGCAUGUAUUUACAAAGAAUUUGUGCAUAUGUGGGUUGCCAAACUGGGUAUUGGAGAUGGUAUGGUAGGUGAAUAAAACGGUGAAACAAUCCUGCAUUUUAACCAGUUAUUCCUGAAUUAUGAAAAACUGUGUGUAUGUGUGUGGG